AUGGGAAGGACACCUUGCUGUGAUAAGAGCAAAGUGAAAAGGGGACAGUGGUCUCCAGAGGAAGAUGAAAUUCUCAAGAAUUACAUCCUUAAGCAUGGCAAUGCUGACAAUUGGAUUACCCUUCCUCACAGAGCUGGUUCUGUUUCUCUUUCUUUCUUUCUCAUUUCUCUUUUGUUUUGUUGUCUGAUUUGUCGUGUUUCAAGAUGGUCUGUCAUAGCAUCUAAGCUUCCAGGAAGAACAGACAAUGAUGUCAAGAAUCACUGGAAUACCAAGUUGAAAAAGAAGAUGCUUUCAGCAACAAAAGCCAACUUUGAUGAUGACAAUAGCAAGGAAGUUUUCAAUUCCUCAAAACAAGCAGCCUAUUCUCCAAUGAGAUUUUCAUUUCCAAGUUGGGAGUCUGCUGAUAAUGAUAAUACAAAAAACAUGGUUCAAAAUGACCAAAAAUAUCCAAGAUUCACUCAGGACCACUCCAAGAUUUCGCCUUCCGAACAAGGAUCAAUGAUUUAUGGAACACCUUCUUCACUUGAUGAUCUUGCAUGGUUUGAAAGGUACUUUCCAAUGGAUUCAUCCAACACUGAUGAUACUAUGGGUGGCAAUGGCAUAUGGACUCAACAAGAAGAAAUUGAUUUUCCACCCACUUUCGGCUGA